AUGAAGAAGACACUGCUGCUCUGCUUUAUCCACGGCUUCAAGGGGGGUGACGACACGUUUGGCAAGAACUAUUCCUUUGUCGAACACCUGCGCAAGCGUCUUGCCACAUCAUUACCGCGUGUCAAUGUUGAAGCCAUCGUCUACCCCAAGUAUGAGACACGGGGCGACUUGGGUGAAUGUGCGUCUCGGUUCAGGGACUGGCUCAUCAACAAAGUCAUCGACCUCGAAGUCGCGGCCGGCACAACCUCUCCGACUGUUGACCCAUCUGUUCGGGUCGUCCUUGUAGGCCACUCCAUGGGCGGCAUCGUGGCCGCCGAGACGACCAUCUCUAUCGCAUCUGAGCAUCCAAUACACAACAGUGUUGAUGAAGACAGUCCGAACAAGUCGGGGACCGCCACACCGCCAGCCCCUAACCCGUUCAUGUUUCCUUACAUACAGGGCCUCCUAGCUUUCGACACUCCCUUCCUAGGCAUUUCCCCUGGCGUCGUUGCUCACAACGCUGAAUCGCACUACGCAACUGCGGUCACGGCCAUUUCCCAGCUGAGCAGCCUGGCAGGUCUCUGGGCGGGUGGGAAAGCAUCCCAGUCCUUUUCUUCGGGGAGCAGCAAAGCUCUGGUGCCGAAGGAGAAUAAGGAGAAGAGCGGCGGCAGCGGUUGGGGGAAGUGGGGUACCAUCGCCAUGGCCGCAGGGGCAAUCAGUGCUGUCGCUGCUGGAGGAGUGGCAGCAUACUACAACAAAGAGCAUAUCAGCCAUGGGUUGAACUGGGUCACGUCUCAUUUAGAGUUUGUGGGCUGUUUGGCUCGCAAAGAAGAGCUGCGCCGGCGAGUAGCCUACAUGCUUCGCUUAAAUCGUGAGCUGGGUGUAGGCUUCGGGAACUUCUACACACGGCUUGGUCAGGCCGCGAGUUCGAAGCAGGUCAGUAUGGUUGGCACAGUGCUGGGCAACGAGCGGACAUUUUGCAUUGUUCCUCGGCAAGAGUUAGUGGGUGACUGGCGGGAAGCCGUGAAUGAUAAAGCGAAAGAUGAGAUUUGGGCACAUAUGUCCAUGUUUGAGCCUGAGGACAAUCCGAAUUUCGACAAAUUGGCGGCCGAGGCAAGUGCCAUGGUUGCCAGCUGGGUGCCUGACGACUGGUACGAUGCUGGCAGUACCAACGACACACCUCAAUCGGAGGGAGACCGAGAGCAACCGCCAUUAUUGGCACUCCCGCCUGCGUAG